UUUGAAAGCAAUGGAAGAUUGGGGAAAAUUGUUCGUGCUCUGCAAAGAGGAAAAGGGGACUCUCCCAUACAAAUUAAUUCUCAUGAGAAUCCCAAAGUUUGUGCAGGAUGGAGAUGUCUGCCCAGAGGCUACUUUCGAACAGAACAUCUCAGCAACCUGCACCUAAUUCUGAUUACACCUGGGAAUAUGAAUAUUAUGAGAUCGGACCAGUUUCCUUUGAAGGACUGAAAGCUCAUAAAUAUUCCAUUGUGAUUGGAUUUUGGGUUGGUCUCGCAGUCUUCGUGAUUUUCAUGUUUUUUGUGCUGACCUUGCUGACCAAGACAGGAGCCCCACACCAAGACAAUGCAGAAUCUUCAGAGAAGAGAUUCCGAAUGAACAGCUUUGUGUCAGACUUUGGAAGACCCCUGGACCCAGAUAAGGUGUUUUCUCGCCAGGAUAAUGAGGAGUCCCGGUCUCUCUUUCACUGCUACAUCACUGAAGUGGAACACAUGGACAGGGCCAAGGCUUGUCAUCAGACCACCGCCCUCAGCAGCCAUGUCCACCUCCAGGAAGCCAUCAGUGGGAGGCCAGAAGAGGAGCUGAACAGGCUCAUGAAGUUUGACAUCCCCAACUUUGUGAACACAGAUCAGAACUCCUCCUUUGGGGAAGAUGAUCUUCUGAUUUCUGAACCCCCUAUUAUUCUAGAAAAUAAGCCAGUUGCCCAGUCCUCACACAAAGACCUGGACUGAGAGACGAGUUUGUGAGAAACAUGAAAGUGUGGGUUUUGUCUUGAUAUAGCAAGACAUCUCCAUUCUCUACAAUUGUGUCUGAGUGGUUGUGAGAGACAGAAAGAAAGAGGGACAGGUAGACAAAAAGACAAAGAAGAUAGUCCCAGAGAAGACUGCUGAUGAAGCUGAGUUUUUAUGCCUUUAAACACAUUUGGGAUUCUUUUGGGGCUAAAAAAGUCUGUCUCCUCUUCCACAUGGGUGAGAGACUUAGCUGGGACUAGUGUCACUGUGCUUGAGCGGGUUGGUACAUACCUUCCAGUCUGACCCUGCCACUGCCAUGCUCUGCCUUUCCCAUCUGGCUUUACCUCUUUGGGCUGCUACAUCUUCAACUGCAGGGUGAGGAGUCUGGAUUAGAUUAUCCAUCCCAGUGCUAAUAUUUUGUGUGUAUGACUCAGUGUCCAAACAAGGCAGGGAUGUAAGUAAAACAGUGUAAACUGAGGCACUGUCUCUGUCUCUUUGUAGGAACCCCCUGACUGAAACUUCCACUCCCCCCUUAACUGAUUCCAACUUUUCUCAGGGCUUGGGUAUCUAUGGGAGUAUGAGAAGACUUGCCUCAGAGUCACUAUGGCCACAGUUCUGUUGGUUGUACUGAAAUAGCUCUUCUGAAGGCUUCCAGCCCCUCAACCCCUGCCCCAUGAAGGAAUGCUGCGCUGUGGGUGGUAUAAUCCCGAAACACCUCUUUUCCAGGCAUGGAGGGAAGGAUGUCAGCUGGGUGAGGGAGAUGCCCUCUGUGAGUCUCUGUCUGCAUAUCUGUGUCUGGUCACACAACUGUGCCAUAGGCACAGUUCAGUAGAAUGAGGAAAUAGCUGCUUCCACGCUGACUGCUUGACAGAGGGUAGAUGAAGGUCAUCUGGCUGGUGCGAGGCUUCAGGCUGAGGUGGUGAAUGGACAGUAAAUACCCCACCAAGGGAUCUUCUGGACGGGUGGGAGCAGCCCAGAGUUCCUUUCUGAGGGGGGGUCACACGCGCACACUGGUGUAGAAGCUCCUUGGUUUCAUCCAGUUGGUCGCAUGCCUGGCUAGCUGCCUGUCUCUAGGUGAAAAUCUCACAUGUUCAUUGUGAAUUUGUCCAUCACCUGUCUACCACCUGUCUCGCUUAUGCUAAAAAAAUAAACGCACUUGAUCGCA